AAAACGGAUAAAAAGAUCCAGAUAAAAGUAAUCUCGAUCAAAAAAUAUAAGCUUACAAAACUCGGAUCACUUUUAUCCAGAUUACAGCAUAAGUAUAUUUCUUAUGUGGAACGACGCCAGUUUUCCGUAGUAAGAAACCAUGUUUUUAAUUUAUGUAAAACCCUGGGUGGAGCAACUGCAAGCGUCUGUAUUCAAGCUUUUUUUUCCAGCUGGGUUUAGUUGUGGAAGAUCAUCACAAGCGUACAGAACGUCAGAACGACAGAGUGGACCAGUGGUUAAAGAAAAGAGCUUGUAACCAGAAGGUCCUCGGUUCAAAUCCCGGCUCAGCCACUGACUCAUUGUGUGACCCUGAGCAAGUCACUUAACCUCCUUGUGCUCCAUCUUUCGGUCUUUCCAAGGAAUGGGGAUUCGGUUACAUUGAAACUGUGAACUCCAUUUUCAGCACUAGUCAGUAAGUGACUGGAGGCAGGCUUCUAGCACCCAGGCAGACUUGCAGAGGUCCUCACUUCUCUCUCCAUGUUGCUCCGGAAUCCCCUUCAGUCACUGUGGACUGCAUGGCAAUCUCAGGGAUGCACAGUGACAUCACUCCUCGUUAUCGUGCUUCUACCAUGGUCUUCAAGCACCAGCGUGGAACAAAAGACCUUGGAUUUAAUGAGGAGAGAGCCUCUUAUUGAUGGACACAACGACCUUGCCCUGCAAUUGCGAAUCAACUACAACAACAGGCUGAGCACCAUUAACUUACACAACCUCUCAAAAACCCACACUGACAUUGAGAGACUGAAAGCAGGGCAUGUGGGAGCACAGAUGUGGUCAGCCUAUGUGAUGUGCAGCGCUCAGGACAAGGACGCGGUGAGGUUGACUCUGGAGCAGAUUGAUGUGAUCAAACGCAUGUGCAGCAACUAUGAGGAGCUGGAGCUGGUCACCUCUUCCACAGCCGUCAGGGAAACAAAGAAGAUUGGUUGCCUCAUUGCAAUAGAAGGAGGCCACUCCAUUGACAGCAGCCUGCCAGCCCUCCGCAUGUUCUAUGACCUGGGUGUUCGCUCUCUUGCUUUAACCCACACGUGCAACACUCCAUGGGCAGAAACAUCAUCCAGCAUUCACAGGGUUCACCAGAGGGAUAUCAGCUUGACUGAAUUUGGCAAGGAGGUUGUAAAGGAGAUGAAUCGUCUGGGGAUGAUGAUUGACCUGUCCCACUCCUCCGUGUCCACAGCCAGAGCCGUGCUCCUCAUCUCCCGGGCGCCUGUCAUCUUCAGCCACUCUUCCGCCUCCGCUGUCUGCAACAACCCCAGAAAUGUGCCCGAUGACCUGCUGCAGCUGCUGAAAAAGAACAGAGGCAUUGUGAUGGUGAACCUGUACAACAGGUUUGUGGCCUGUGGGAAGAAAGCGAACAUCGCCACAGUAGCAGAUCAUUUCGACCACAUCAAGAAGAUUGCUGGUUCGGAAUCAAUAGGAAUCGGGGGUGAUUAUGAUGGAGCUAGGGGGUUUCCAGAAGGCCUUGAAGACGUUUCAAAGUACCCUGCUUUGAUCCAAGAGCUUCUGCAAAGGGACUGGACUGAGCACGAACUGGCCGGAGUUCUGAGAGGCAACUUCCUCCGUGUGUUUGAACAAGUGGAACGCGUGAGAGAUGAGCUUCAAGCAGAGCCAGCAAGUGAAAAGGAGAUUUCACUGAAAGAAGUAGACAACCCAUGUCGUUCAAACCUCAGGACAUUACUCCCCAGCUCCGGCUCUCUCGGCAGACAUCACCCUUCUGCUUCUUUACCUCUUCCUUUCUUAUUGUUUCUUCUUAUUGUUUUUUGAGAGAUUAGUCCUGUUGUAAUAUGUUGUUUGUUUGCACAAAAAAAUCUGGGAAGUGAAUGAGGUGGUGAUUUCUUUUUGUUUACGUAUGUCUUUUAUUAUUGGAAAUGCAUUCAUAUAUUCAUAAAUAUACUAUUUCUUUGCAAGACAGAAGUCUAUUGCAAAUGUAACAAGGGCUCAUUGGAAGAACGUAUUGGAUUUUAAACCCCCUUCACCUGUGUCAAUGAGAAUGAUUAGCUUGGAAUGUUACUUCUAAAAAGUGCCUUCCCAUUGGUCUUAUGUUGCUUCAAUAGUGAGAUGUAUUCAAUAAACUUGCCUUGUAUUGUAUAUAAAACAAAUUGUUUUGAGGGGAAAAAAAAGACUAAAACAAUUGUCUAUAAUGCUUUAUUGGAAAAAAAGAAUCUGCUUGUUUUUCUAUAUUUGGUGCAAUUAAAGUAAAAGCCUAUCCAAGUCAACAAUAAUGUAACUUAAGUUCUAGAAUUAAAAGCUGUAGAUAUAAAAGCAGACUUCAGUUCUAUCUUGGCUGAAUGGACAAUACGUUAUACUCUACAGAAGUCACAUACUGACUAAACCAAGCAUUACCUGGAAAUGCUAUCCACACUCACACUCAUUCCAACACACUCACUCACUCACUCACUCAUGCCUGCUGAAACACACACUGAUGUUCCAGAUCAUCUCUGCUCAUUACCAAGACAACUGGUAUUUUAUACAACUUUGUUUUGGGAGUUUUUAGCAAAUAAAUAAUAAAAUAAAUCAGAUAUUUUGUAGCUUGCAGAAAGGCGGCAAACCCUGUCUUAACAAUUUAGCCUCUUGGUUAUCAUAACAACCCAUGAUUAUUAUGAAAACAUCAAACUGGUCUUUUCUAAUAAAACUGUUACAAAAAAAACAAAGAAAAA